CUUCGAACAAAUCAACCCACUCAAUGCCACUUCUCCCCCAUUCUCACCAUUUUUAGGGUUCGCAAUUCCCAUGUUUCUGCUUCUAAGUUGAUUCUUCGCAGCAGGAGCAAAUACAAGCCAAGACACAGUGGAAGAACCUAUGUUUGUAUCAAUUAAUUUUCACUCAUAGAACAGUUAAUACAAUGAUCGAUCUUUGCUUUUUGCAGGUAUUCUAGGUUUAUAUUAUAAAAAAUAAUUACUACCACUUAAUCGGUAUUGUAUUGAGAAAUAAGCAUGGAGGAUUCAUUUCAAGAAGAUGGUGAUGCUUCCAUAUCAUAUCAACAAGAAUGGAUUAAAACACAGGAUUUGCUUAAGAGGAAGCUUGUUCUUGAAGAUGACUUUGGUUGGAAGGUACCUUCGAAAGAGUCGAAUUUGGGGGGAAGCGGCAACAAAGAGAAGCUAAAGUAUAUUGGCGGAGUCGACAUCAGCUUUUUAAAAGAAGACCCUUCCCUAGCAUGCGGUGCUGUUGUUGUUUUGGAUGCUGACACUUUAAAAGUUGUCCAUGAGGAGUUUGAUAUUGUCCGACUGCAAGUUCCUUAUAUUCCUGGUUUUCUUGCUUUCAGGGAGGCCCCAAUUCUUUUAGGACUCUUGGAAAAAAUGAAGACAAAUGCGCAUCCUUUCUACCCUCAGCUAUUGAUGGUUGAUGGCAAUGGAUUACUACAUCCAAGAGGGUUUGGUUUAGCUUGUCAUCUUGGUGUGCUUGCAAACCUUCCCACCAUUGGUAUUGGGAAAAAUUUGCAUCAUGUGGAUGGACUUAGUCAAUCUGAAGUUAGGCGACGUCUUGAAACAAGUGAAAAUUGUGACAAAGAACUGAUCCCAUUAAUUGGAGAGUCUAGAAAAGUAUGGGGAAUGGCAAUGCGCUCCACCCCUGGUUCAUCGAAACCCAUAUAUAUAUCAGUUGGACAUCGCAUUUCUCUUGAUUCAGCUGUAAAAGUAACAAAACUCUGUAGCAAAUUUCGUGUUCCUGAGCCCACUCGGCAGGCUGACAUGAGAUCAAAGGUAUUCCUUCGGCAGCAGAAGGGAUCAAUACAUGUUACAACCUGAUGGUUGAGAUACUAAGCUAAGCGAGCCGACCACUUUCAAACCAAAGUGUUGCAGAUCAUUCAAACUGUCUAUAAUCGUCGCGAAUGGAGGUGAAAAAAAUGAUACACAAGAGAACAAGCAUCAAAGUACCUGGUGUCAUGUGAAAGGUGUAGCCUCUUCUCAACAGGUAGAGGAAAUUAACAUUUCUAACUGGUCCUUGUAAACUAUAUGAUGAAUGCGAAGAUGUAUGUAGUUACUUUGGGCCUUUAAAUGUCUCUGGACUAAAGCUACUCUAAAAUUGGAACCUUUUUUCCAUGUGUAGGCCAUAGGGUUUGACUGUAUAAUUGGAUGCGCAGAGCAAUAUUUUAAGGUCAUGUUUGGAUUUUAGAAAAAGAUAUUCAAUGACAAUUUAUUCGGCAUGAGUUUAAUUGUUA